AUGCAUCUACUAUUAGGUAUAUUACGCCUUGCACUGUGCAGCGUGGCGAUGUGCCGACUGCCACUUGAUAAAAUAGAGAGCAUAAACAGCACAGAAAUAGAGACGGGCGCAGGCAGCGUGUACAUAAACACGCACGGCCCGCUGAAUCUUAUAAGAGGGUACAUAUACCAUAGGAAAGGCCUGGUGUACAAUAAAAGAUUUGUUUCGCCUGAAAUAGAUGUAAGCUAUAGCCUGAAAGAGGGUGAAAACAAAGCGGGGGUCUUCGUUAGAACGCCGUCAAAAGAUACAGUCAGCCUGCGUGUGUGCAGCACUAGAGCACAGCCCAAGUAUUGUGCGCGUUAUUAUCGCACUCUCAUUCAGAUGUUUCCUUCUGUAGACGGCUCUGUUUCUAUUGUAUGGGGGAGGAGAGAUUCCUUUUACAGAUUCCUCACAAGCAAUAAAAACAAAGAGCACUCUAUGCAUGUCCUGGCUUCGCUAUUUCUGCUGAGCGAAGGCGUGGACGUCCCCAUGGAGACGACGCCGUCUGAAGUCAUCUUCAAGGGCGCAGGCAAGCCGGUGAGCCUCACCUCAGACAUUUUUGUAUGGAGCGAGAAGGAGCAAGAGGCCCAACUCGUAAAGCAAAGAGAUGCUCUGGCUGUCAUAAAGUUCUUCAAAGAGAGCGGGCAUAGAUCAAGCAGCGCACGCACAGGCUCACUACCUGGCGCCUCUAUUUGCAGUGCAGAUAUUAGCGGUGCUGAGGCAGAGGCGCGCUCUUAUACAAAAACCUCGUUGUCCUGCGAGUAUGGAGAUGUCCUGGAAACUGCGCAGUUUCUUAUACAGGCAUAUAUUUUCGAAUAUUUGGAAAGCCCAGAAAGCGGGAUAGAGCUGUGCAAAUGCGUGCACAAAAUACUGCAGAAUAUGAUGGAGGAGUGCUCGCAUGAGAAUGCAGCUUUAGAAUCAGUGUUUGACAGGAUAUUCACUAGGCAGGAUGCGCCCAGCCACAAAUACACAGCCUCCUUGGCCAGGGCGCUGUCAAUACUCGAGCAAAACGUGAAAUUCCCGUUUGCAAACAUUAGCCAGGUGCCAACGUACACAAGCAUACCCCCCUACGACACUGCACUCAAAGAAUUCACAGAGGACAGCUCCAAGAACUACAGCAACUGCGUAGAGACAGGACUGUACACGCUUUUGUGCUGCAUUUUGUAUUCGCCGGACUCCAGAAAAUACAAAGUGCAGAACAUCGCCAGUGCAUCGGGCGCGCUGAAAGAGUUUUUUUCCGAGCACAAGAAGCCUGAAGAAUAUCUAAACAACAGAGUGCAUAGAGAAUGGGGCAAGGUAGUGCAGAGCCUGCCAGAUGCACACAUAGUAUACAAUAGAGGAACGCACGAACUUAGAUCAGGCCUUCUAAAUUUGCUUCUGGCGCUUGCGCAUAUAACAGACUGCGGGUCAGAU